AUGGAUAAAUUCAGCAGAACCACCCUUUUGUUUCUUCUUUUCUGUGUCCUUAUCAUUCUUCAAUUCCAGCCUGCAACACUUGACGAAGGUGGCCAAAAUGUUGCUCAAGAACACCCAGAAAAACCACUUCUUUCCAAGCUACUGAUGGAUACCGUUUCUCUACUCAGAAAGUCCCACAAAAGUUCCUGGGAGAAAAUCAAAACUGUCAUUCAUGAUCUGCAGAUGCAAUUCUCCCCACCAAAUUUGGAGGGUGGGGGAGAGGCAGGACAUGAUGGUGCCAAAGGAACAAUGAAAGAAGCAGUUGGGGAGAGUUUCCACAGAAGCAAAGAGACAGUUGAGGAAUCUGCUAAAUCAGCCGCAAAAGUGGUCGGAGAAGCCUUUCAUAAGACAACAGAAAAGAUGAAGGACAGUACUGACACUGAGAAAGAGUCUGAAGCAGAGCUUUGA